UGUUCAGAAGAAAACAUGGCAGACACGAAUGGGACGGACUAUGGGUUCCUGGUGCGGCAGAACUCAGAGUUACUGCGGGCCCUGGAGGAGAUGGAGAAAACCUGUGCCACUCUCAAAGAGGAGAACAGCCUGCUGCGUAAGAGCAGUUGUCCUGAGACGGAGGAGAAGGUGAAGAGGCUGAGGAGGAAGAACACGGAGUUGGCCGUAAUCGCCAAAAGGCUCGAGGAGAGAGCGCGGAAACUCCAGGAGGCCAAUCUCAAAGUGGUGAAUGCCCCCAUGCCGGUGAAGCCUGGCGCGGUGGAGCAGUACAAACGGGCGUUUGCUCGCCAGCGGGCGCGGGACCUGGCCCAGCACGCCGACGCCCUGCUGUGUAAGGAGAAACAGAUCGCGGCUCUGCAGCGGGAAUGCCGACAGCUGGAGGCCAGGCUGGGACCGGGAAAGGGAGGCGUGUGUGUGCCUGGGUCUGACGAGAUCGAGCGGCUGUUGAAGGAGUCGCAGAAAGAGGUGCUGCGUCUGCAGAGACAGCUGUCUGUCACCUCCGCCCGAGAACAGAGCUCUCAGAGCGGAGGAGCUGCCCCAGAGAAAGAGGAGAAGGCAGCACCUGAGACCCCAUCUUCAGUAUUAGAUGAGGCCCCUGCUAAGGGGGAGGAGACUCCUGGAGAGGGGGAGGAGUCAGGGGCACAAGUGACACAAACCCAGGGUACGAGCUUUGCCAAACAGGAAGAGCAGACAGAGGAACAACGUCUACAGUUGCUGGAGAGCGAGUUGAGCAAAAAGAGAAAAGAAUGUGAAGGCCUUGAGCAUGAAGUAAGGAAGAGGCAGAAGAGAUGUCAGGAUUUGGAGAGCCAGCUUGAGGAUGAGCGGAGUAGAAACGAGCAGUUAGCUGAGGAAGCUGAACUCCUCAGGAGGAAGGUUCAGCUGCUUGACCAGUUGCAGUGUGAGAAUGUGGAGUUAAAAGAGGAGCUCUCUGCAGUGAGCGCUCAACACAGUUCAGUUCUCGAAGAGAACCACAGACUCCGUGCCAAACUGGAGAACCUAGAACAGGUCCUAAAGCAUAUGCGAGAGGUCGCUGAGAGAAGGCAGCAGCUGGAAUUGGAGCAUGAACAGGCACUGGCUAUUCUCAAGUUCAAGCAGGAUGAGAUCAAGAGACUACAACGGGCUCAGCUUUUUGCCAAGAGGGAACAUGAGGGGGUGGUCCAGAUGCUGGAGGAACUGAUCCACCUUGUAUUGCGGAGAGAGCUGUCGAAAGUGCGUGAGCUGGAGGAGAAAUGUCGCAGUCAGAGUGAGCAGUUCGGCCUGCUGUCACAGGAGCUGGACAAGUUCCGCCUGCAGGCCUCCAAAAUUGACCUGACAGGCUCCGCCCUCCUCUCCAGCCCCACCCUCACUCAGCUGACCAAUGGGGUCGGCCUGCCUGUGGAGACAGGCACUAGUGCCUCAUGGGAAGACAUCGCCUUCUGGAGUCUGGAGGGCACCGAGGCUGCCCUCUAUGACCAGAAUGACCUUGACAUCGCUUCUGUUUUGCGGACGGGCUCCACCCCUCACGCCGCGGAGCUUGCCCGGCCUGAACGUUCCCCCGCCGCGAAGCACCGGGAGCUGCCCACCAUCAGCGCCAAACAAAGCUCCAGCUCCAGCCCCACACCCAAGUCCGACCCCACUCACCUGAGCCCCAAAUCGGCCGCCUCGCACCCACCCAGCCCCCGCAAGGCCAGCCCAUCACACGAUGUGGACACAGCCAGUGAGGUGGAGGAGCUUGAUAUUGACGUAACUCCUGCUCCAUACACGGCUAGCCGAGCUGCUGCUAAGCUUCAAGUCUUCAUCGCCAGAUACAGCUAUAACCCAUAUGAUGGCCCUAACGAUAAUCCAGAGGUGGAGUUACCUCUCACAGCGGGAGAGUACAUCUACGUCUACGGAGACAUGGAUGACGAUGGGUUCUACGAGGGUGAGCUGAUGGAUGGGCGGAGAGGGCUGGUCCCCUCCAACUUUGUGGAACGAGUCUCAGACGAUGACAUCAUGAACAGCCAGCCCACUGAGGCCGGAGACUUAUCCCAUAAUUCCUUCCAGGACAGCAGCUUGCACAGCGGAAGUGAGCGCUUCCACCAGCGACACCUGCGAUUCGCCCCCAGCGCCUCCGAAAGGACGGAGGCUUCCACUACAACCUCGGCCCCUGCUGACCCUAAUAAGGCCAAUUCCCCCACCCUCACUGUCCCAAUUACCAAUGGUCUGGACUUGGACUUGGAGGAGGUCGGGGUGGAUUCUGUGCCUUACCCACGUAAACUAACACUAAUCAAGCAACUUGCCAAGAGCAUCAUUAUCGGCUGGGAUCCGCCGCUCGUCCCAGCUGGCUGGGGCAGCGUGUACAGCUACAACGUCUUUGUGGAUCAGGAGCUGCGUCUGAACGUGGCUUUCGGGGCGCAGACCAAAGCGGUGCUGGAGCGUUUGGAUUUGACCCAGAAGACGUACCGCGUGGCAGUCCAGAGCCUGACGGAAAAGGGGAACUCGGAUCUGCUGCGCUGCAGCAUGCUCGUGGGGCGCGACGUUUCGGUUGCCCCGUCCCAGCUCCGCGUGGACCGCGUGACCGCCACCUCGGCCAGCCUGACCUGGUUGCCCAGCAACAGUAACUACGUGCACAUUGUGUCCUUGAACGACGAGGAGUGUGAGCUGGUGAAGGCCGGCUGUUACAUCCUGUGCCUCAGUAACCUCACGCCUAACCAGCACUAUCGGGUCAAAGUGGAGGCGCGGCCACACCGUACGCCCUGGGAACUGUCUGCGGAGCGCCGGGAGUGCAGAUCUGCUGUCACGACCUUCACCACCUCGAUGGCCGGUCCUCCAGAUGCCCCUCUGGACGUGCAGUUGGAGCAGGGUCCGUCCCCGGGGAUCGCAGUCAUCAGUUGGCUUCCCGUGACCAUUGACGCUGCAGGAACGUCCAACGGGGUCCCUGUCACAGGCUACACCAUCUACGCCGACAAGAAAAAGGUGUUGGAGGUGGCCUCGCCCACGGCUGGCAGUGCUCUGAUUGGUCCAUCUCAGAUCGAGACGCUGAAGUCUGCGCGGGAGCUCACUGUGCGUACCAUGUCGCCGCACGGCGAGUCUUCCGACUCCGUACCCGUUAACGUACCUGCCAAACUCUCAGUCAUUAUGACGGGCACGGCGCCUCCUCUUCCGUGCCUGUCUGUGCCAGCCUUCACCAACGUUGCCAGUGCCACCUCAGAGCCUGUGGUCCCCGUCACCACACCUCUCUCUGCUGCCAAAUUACCCGUCUUGCCGCACAGCUCACCAGUGGACGCGUAUGCCUCGGGCCCUGUCAGGGGGGCCUACGCCAACACACCAAAAUCAGUCACCGUAGAUGCCCCUUUGCCCGCCUCCUCGUAUGUGGAAGCCUGGGCAAACCCUUCACCCAUUGCUCCCCUGACAGUAGCAAUGGCAGUACAGGAGCCACCUUUGCCACCCCCUGUUCAGCCCACCCAAACGGUGAGCAGCAUCCCUCAGGUGAGCAGCGUACCUUUGCAAACCAACACGCCAGCGUUAGUCCCCGAGCAGGCGAGAGAGACGGACAGCCCCGGAGUCCUGCGCCCGGUCAUCUCCAUCUCUGACUUCCUGGAGGACCCCCGUGCAAAGCUCCACACCCCCGAGCCACGCCCUAACCCACCCAAAAUCAACGUCCCAGCUGUGGACCUUCUAAACCCCCCGGACACGCAUCCUCUCCGGCCCCCAAACCCUUCGCCGCUGGAGUCCGAACCAGAGGACGACAGGGAAAACGUGAGACUGGUUUCCAUUGAGGAAUUCCUCGGGCGUCCUGGACACUCCCACCGAUCACAGGGCUAUGGUGGUGGAGGUGUGACGGAGCCUCCCGUAGACUACCAGGCAGAGAGUAGCAGGGGCUCAGACCUGUCCGACAUCCUGGAGGAAGAGGAGGAAGACCUGUGUUCGGAGUCCGCGGGAGAGGUCCAGGGCCGGGGCUACGGCAUGGCACCUACAGGCCGAGAGGUGACUGGCAGAGAUGUUCCUCUGGCAGAGGCAGGAGCGACCUGGUGUGCACCCAGAGAACACUCUCCCAAACUGGCACGCUCAGAUGCUAGACUCCCCCGAGACUCUUCGAGGCUGAUUGGAGACAAUGAAGUGAGGAUCUUUGUCGCCCUCUUCCCAUACGACCCUGUGGUGAUGUCACCCAAUCCCGACGCAGCAGAGGAGGAGCUUCCUUUUAAGGAGGGGCAGAUUAUCAAGGUCUACGGCGACAAAGACGCGGAUGGCUUCUACCGCGGGGAGUCAGGCGGUCGUCACGGUUUCGUGCCGUGUAACAUGGUGUCGGAGAUACAGGUGGACGACGAAGAGACCCGAGACCAGUUGCUGCAGCAGGGCUUCCUGUCCACAGAGGCCACUAUGGAGAAGAUUGGCACUCGCUCACAUGCUCAGCUUCCACGCCGACCUGUUCCGCCACCCAAACCGAGACGAUCAAAGAAAGUUGAGUCAGCGGGAGAAUGGGAGGAUAGUUCUGUCAUAGAUUCAUCCAGUCAAGAUCCCAGUCGCUCCGCCGUCGCCAUGGGAAGCACAGGACCCAGAAGGAUGGUGGCCAUCUUCGAUUAUGAUCCGAGAGAGAGUUCCCCCAACGCCGACAUUGAGGCGGAGCUGACCUUCAGCGCCGGCGAUAUCAUCUACGUGUUUGGUGACAUGGAUGAUGACGGCUUCUUCUACGGAGACCUAAAUGGACACAAAGGCCUGGUGCCCUCCAACUUCCUGCAGCCUUUUCCAGAGACUGGGGAUGAGGCUUCAGGGGGACCAGUGCUGGAGCCCUCCAUGAUGGACAGCAGGAGAGACUCGCAGGUGAGUCACAGCACGUGCUCUGACCAAACGGACCCUCUGCCAGCCACAGCCCCUGAGGAGGUUUCCCUGGCCCAACCAGAACCAGAACCAGAACCAGAACCGGACCAAGACCACCGAGUCCAAGAACAGGGUCCAAGCCAGGACGCUCCCCUCGGCCAAUGCCCUCCCAUGCCUCCUCCCUCCUCCUCCUCCUCCUCCUCCACAGAGCACCCGACUCUCACUGACACCUCCCCUCCUGGGAAGAAGAGGAAGGGGUUUUUCUCCAAAGGAAAGAAGCUGCUGAAAAAACUGGGAAGUUCCAGUAAAAAAGAGUGA